UCGUGGUAGAUUAGCCAUUGACCAACGCGUUUUAUUUGCUACCGGUGUGGCUUUUGUUUGCUUGAACAAUUCUAUAAUAUAUUGCAAUCCCUGCUUAAAUGCAUAUGAUUGAAGAAUGCAUAGAUCGGAGAUCAGCAUGACCCAGGAUCAGGAUGUGAGCACUUGUCGCCUGUGCCACCGUAAUACGGAUUCCAAAUCGGUAAAUAUUUUCGAGGACACCGUGCAGUUUGGCAAGGAUGUGUCCAUUGCGGAGGUUUCCCACAGUCUCUGGAGCGUUCAGUACGAUCGCAACGAAUGUUUGUCGGAGCUCAUUUGCUCAACGUGUCUGAAGAUCCUCGAAGAUGCCUUCGAGCUGCGAAGAGGAAUGCAGGAGCGGGAACAGUCUCUGCAGGAGCAGCUGAAGGAGAUGAUUAAAGAUCAGGCAAAGUACCGUCCAGGCUUGAAUGGCAACCCCGGAAAAUUCGUACCCGAGGAGGGCUGCAUUAUUGUGGAUGUUGAUCCCGAGAAUCUGGCAGAGAGCAGUGAAGAGGAGUUCGCACUCGGCUCCGAUGGGGAGUACGAAAACUAUGACGACGAUGAUGAGGAAGAGGAGGAAGACUACGAUGAGGAGGACGAUGAAGAUGGCCAGAACGGCGAAGACGUCGACAUGCCACUGGGCAUGGAUGCGGCCCAGAUGGCGGCUCAACAGUCCAUUGCCAACAACGCCAAUACCACGACGGCACGGCCCAAACGAGCGUUCCUCUGUCAAUACUGUGAUCUGGGGUUCACACUGCCCGCCGAGUGUCAAGAGCACGAGCUGGCUGCACACGAUCCCAACGCACCGUACUGCUGCACCUUUUGCAACAUCAAGCUGGUUACCCGGCCGGCUUUGAUUUCGCACAUAAAGACACUGCAUGAUCCGGAGCGUCCUUAUGUGUGUGCUCACUGUCGAAAGGGUUUUGUGCGCCGCUCCGAUCUUAAAAAGCACACAAUCGUGCACACUGGCGUGAGGCCCUACACAUGCAACGUUUGCUCCAAGAGUUUCUCGCGGAAUACAAAUCUGACCAAGCAUAUGCGCAUUCACAGCGGUGUCAAGCCGUUUGUUUGCCAGCAGUGUCCGCGAUCCUUCCAGACGGCUGUGGAAAUGAUGCGCCACACACGUUCGCACGGAGAGGUGAAGGCUUUCCAAUGUGGACGCUGUCCUUACUCGUUUUCGCGCAAGGAUAAGCUAAUAGCCCACCAGCAAGUCCAUAUCAGGCGGGACGUUGAGCAGCAGCAGCAAAUGGGUCUAAUUCCCCCGAUGGAGGGUGAUCUGCAGCAGCAGGCGUUGCAGGCGAAACAAAAGGCUGCCGCACAAACCAAAAACUCACGCUAUUACCACUGUGAUGUCUGUGAUCGAACUUUCCAACGGGAGAGGGACCUGCAACGGCAUCAAGCUCUUCAUAUGGACUCGCUGUUCGCCUGCAAGACAUGCAAUCAAGGUUUCAACCGACGCGAGCAACUGCAGCGACAUGAGCUGGAGGCACAUGGUCCCAGCUUUACGUGCGGAAUCUGUUGCAUUAGUUUCCUGCAUCAAAUUGAGCUGGAGAAUCACCUCAAGGUCCAUCAGUUGCAGCACAAGAUGGCCCAGCGGUCUCAAGAGGCUGCUAUUUUACCCCUAAAAAUGGCCGAACAGGCUCCAGUGGCUAUGACUGCUCCGCUAGUUCAGGAUCCCCAGCUAGUGCGUCCCUCGGCAGCGGAACUAUCGUUCUAUAGCAACAUGAUUCCCACAAUGAAUCUGGGCUUCUACAGCGAGACUCGUCCCGAGGAAUAGAACAACGUAUUUACAUGUUUAGUAAGCUUAGUUGAUAGAUCGGAAAAGUUUUGUAGGUCAAGGCUGUUUUAGUCAUCCAGGUCAACUUAGAAUGCAUUGAUGUUGAUGAAUCUGUAUAGUAUAAGUCAUCUGACUAAUGCCUGCCAAAAUGUAGCUUAGUGGUUUUUAAUAAAAGGCCAAAUUUGAAAAGGA